UGUACAGCUUGUUUGUUCAUUGAAGUAGACAGUACUUCCUUUUCCUUUCCCAAAUUCCAACUCAUAGCAAUUGAAAAAUCAGAAUUUUCUGAGUCCGCAAAAGGCUGCUAUUAUAUUAUGGUUGAGUGAAACAUUGCCAAAAUCUGAACAGAAUGGGUAGUGAAUUUGAAUCUUUUACCGAGCUUGGUUCUGCGAAUUUUGGAUGUACGCAUUACAGGAGGAAGUGCAAAAUCAGAGCCCCUUGUUGCAAUGAAAUCUUUGAUUGCAGACAUUGCCAUAAUGAAGCUAAGAAUACUUUGGAUAUCAAUCCUCUGCAUCGACAUGAUAUCCCGCGCCAUGAAGUUAAAUCGGUCAUAUGUUCACUAUGUGGCACAGAACAAGAUGUUCAACAAAAUUGCAGAAGUUGUGGGGUUUGUAUGGGGAAGUACUUUUGCUCAAAAUGCAAGUUCUUUGAUGAUGAUGUUUCAAAGAACCAAUAUCACUGUGAUAAAUGUGGAAUUUGCAGAAUUGGUGGCAAAGAGAAUUUCUUUCACUGUGACAAGUGUGGAUGCUGUUAUUCGAAUUUGAUCAAGGAUGCACACCACUGUGUGGAAAGAGCGAUGCACCAUAAUUGUCCUGUUUGUUUCGAGUUUUUAUUCGACACAAUGAAAGAUAUCACUGUCUUACCAUGUGGGCACACAAUACAUUUUGAAUGCGUGAAAGAGAUGGAGCAACAUUACCGGUAUUCAUGCCCCGUUUGCUCAAAGUCCGUCUGUGAUAUGUCCAAUUUGUGGGAAAAGCUUGAUCAAGAGGUUGCUUCCACUCCAAUGCCAGAAAUAUACGAAAACAAGAUGGUGUGGAUACUCUGCAACGACUGUGGCGCAACAUCUGAAGUCCAUUUCCACAUAGUGGCACACAAAUGCCUAAGAUGCAAGUCCUACAACACCAGACAGACACGAGGAGGACCGGCUUCUUCUUGUUCACCGAGGGUUGCUGGGAUGGUGAGAUGACUCCUUGUUGAUCAAAAGGUUUCAAAAAUGAACGCAGUUUCAUGAACGAACAAGAAUGUGUGGGAAAAUAUGACAGAAGGGAAAAAAAAAAAAAAAAAAAGAGAAAAAAAAAAAGGAGUUUGGAGUAGACGAAGGAAACAAACUCCUCAUUCCAUCCUAGGUUUGUAUAUUGUAUAGAUCAGAAAGAACGCAUACAUGCCAAGGGCAAAAAAGGGGUAGUCUUGCCUAAGUUGAUAUUCCGAAUCACUUAAUUGUGUAUACAAAUCAUUUCAUAGUUACUGUUCUGUUUUUUCCA